GGCCCCUCCCAGGCCAGGCUUGGCCAGCCCAGGCCUGAACAGGCAGUGGCCAGAGUGACCCCAACAGAGUGUCCAGGGACUCAGGCCUCUGAUCAAGUUACCCCCAGAGGAUCAGAGAGGUAAAGAGAGCUGAACCUCUCAUUUAGGAGGGCCGGGGAGGAGAGGGAAUUCUUGAGAUCGCAUUCCCAGGCUCAAAUAGAGGAGGAAAGUGGACAAAGACGUAGUGAAGGGGUUGACGAAGGAGAAGCAUUCAGAGGGCACUGGCUUCUGGACAGCAAUGAGUGCCCGGGCCACACGGCCCCGAAGCCGGCGAGGGAGGCAUGCUCCACCCGGUGAACUGGAUCCCGUGGCUGAGAGUUCAGAGGAGGUCGAGGCAGCCAGUGGGAGCUCCAAGCCCAGCUUUGCCCCACCUCCGGUGAGCUCCGGGCUGGAGCAGCUGGGCCCCAUGGAGGAGGUCAGUGGCCAAGGCCUAGGAAGCAGGACUGACAAGAAGACAGAUGGGGGCUCUGGCAGGGAACUGGCCUCAGCCCCCGAAGUGCCCCACAAACCUGCAGUGGAAGCCCACCAAGCCCCAGAAGCAGCCCUACAGUACGAGGAGACUGUGCCCCCUGGGAAUGGGGCCCCCGAUGUGUUUCAGACCCUCCAGCACGCUCUGAGCUCCCUGGAGGCAGCGGCUGCAGCCUGGCGCCACCGGCCCCCCAGCCAUCCUGGGCCGAUGGAGUUGGAAGGCACAAGCGAAGGGGGACCAGGUCCCCUUGGGAAGCAGGAAGGGGCAGGGAGCUGCCAGCGAGAGGCAGCUCGCCUGGCCGAGAGGAAUGCCUGGCUCCGGCUGGCCCUGAGUAGCCGAGAGGAUGAGCUGGUCCACACGCAGGCCUCCCUGGAGGCCAUCCGAGCUGAGAAGGAGACGCUGCAGAAAGAGGUUCAAGAGCUGCAGGAUUCCCUCUUGAGGCUGGAGCCCUGCCCACGUCUUUCCCACAACCAAGCAGGUGGCUCAGGCAGUGGUUCUAGCAGCUCUGAGGCAGACAGGGAACCCUGGGAGACUCAGGACUCCUUCUCCCUGGCUCACCCCCUGCUACGGCGCCUCCACAGCCAUUCCGGCACCCAGAUCCUUGGGUCUCUUCCCACCCAGCCCCUCAGUCCUGAGAUGCACAUCAUGGAAGCCCAGAUGGAGCACCUCCGGGGGAGCAUUGAGAAGCUCAAAUGCUUUAAUCGUCUACUAUCAGCUGUGCUCCAGGGAUACAAGGGCCGCUGUGAAGGCCUCAGCAUGCAGCUAGGCCAGCGGGAGGCUGAGGCCACAGCAUUGCAUCUGGCCUUGCAGUACAGUGAACACUGUGAAGAGGCAUACAGGGUUCUGCUUGCUCUGCGGGAGGCCGACUCAGGAGCAGGAGACGAAGCCCCCAUGAGUGACCUGCAAGCAGCUGAAAAGGAAGCAUGGAGGCUGCUGGCACAAGAGGAGGCUGCCAUGGAUGCAGGAGCACAGCAGAAUCCACAGCCAAGCCCUGAAGGCAGCAGUGUGGAUAAGCCCACCCCACAGGAAGUGGCUUUCCAGCUCCGAAGCUAUGUCCAGCGUCUCCAGGAGCGCCGUUCUCUAGUGAAGAUUCUCUCAGAGCCUGGCCCCACUUUGGCACCCAUGCCCACUGUGCCCCGUGCAGAAGCCAUGGUGCAGGCCAUUCUGGGGACCCAGGCUGGCCCAGCUCUUCCCCGACUGGAGAAGACACAAAUUCAGCAGGACCUGGUGGCCACAAGGGAGGCCCUGGCGGACCUGAUGCUUCGGCUGCAGCUGGUGCGGCGUGAGAAGCGGGGCCUAGAGCUGCGGGAGGCUGCCCUCCGAGCCCUGGGUCCAGCUCACGUGCUCCUGCUGGAGCAGCUGCGGUGGGAACGGGCGGAGCUCCAGGCUGGUGGGGCAAACAGCAGUGGCGGACAUAGCAGCGGAGGUGGCAGCAGCGGGGACGAGGAAGAGUGGUAUCAGGGCCUUCCUGCUGUCCCUGGUGGCACCAGUGGCAUUGAUGGUGGCCAGGUGGGCAGAGCCUGGGACCCAGAGAAGUUAGCCCAGGAACUGGCAGCAUCGCUCACCAGGACACUGGACCUGCAGGAGCAGCUGCAGUCUCUGUGCAGGGAGCUGGAACAGGUGGCUCAGAAGGGGCGAGCCAGACGGUCUCAGAGUGCUGAGCUGAACAGGGAUUUGUGCAAAGCCCACAGCGCCCUGGUCCUGGCCUUCCGAGGAGCCCACCGGAAGCAGGAAGAGCAACGCCGGAAGUUGGAGCAGCAGAUGGCACUCAUGGAGGCUCAGCAGGCCGAGGAGGUGGCGGUGCUCGAAGCCACUGCAAGGGCCCUGGGGAAGCCCAGGCCUCCCCUCCCGCCUCCCCAGCUUGGGGACACCUUUCUGUAGGCCCCUUACCCAGCCAUGUCUGGACAUGCCAGACAGCUGUGGCAUGUCAUAAACUGUCCUGGAGUGA